UUUUGGAUUUUAAGAUUAUGGAGAUUGAUGGGAAGUUGGUGAAAAGUGGUUUCUUGACUUCUUGUCUUUCGAUUUGUUUGUCAUAUGUUUGGGAGUUUGUGGUAUGAUAGUGGGUGUAAGAAGCAUGCAAGGUGUCUGAUAAAAUGCCUGAGUGAGACUUGGUUUCCUGGAACACAAUGGUUUCUGCUUUCUGGGAUUAGGAAAUAGAAGUAGACAUGGUUUGUAGAAUGUGUGAGGAGAAUCUGAAGCAUGGUUUUGUUUAUCAUUGUUUCUGUUUUGUCCUGUCUUUGAUUUGGGAUCUGAGUAUUGACAAGGUGAUUAGAAUCUCUUGUGAAUGCAUUCAAAAUGUGGUUCUAGGAAAAUUGCUAGACAGCUCUUUGAUAGAAUGUUGUUAUUUUACAGGGUUUGAUUAUUGACGGGGGUUUGUGGAGAAUGAGAAUUCUAAAAGCAAGUGGUAACUUUAUUCUUGGAAAAGGGUUGAAAAGCCAGAUCAUUAGUGCUUUGCAUGAUUGUGCUUAGUUGAAUACCAGAUACGUUGCUGUUGUAUUGGGGUACAAUUUUCAUAUUGUACAGGAAUGGGAAAGGUGAUGCCUAUUUCUCAUUGGUUAUGGGCUCCAAGAGUUGAAAAGGACCUGAAAAUAAUAUGUCAACCUUUGCAUGGUGGUUGAUUGGGUACAAGGUUGACAUUCUUUGGAGCCAACUUGAAAACAUGAGUAUUUCAUUGGUGCAGGAACUGUAUUAUAAAACAAGGUUUAAGUUGCUCGUGAAUAAAGUAAUGUGGAACCUUGGAAAAUUGGGUGCUCUGCAGACUGUGUCAACGAGAUUGUUCUUGGAGACACAAGAGCACACAUGGGGAUGACGAGGUUUGCUUGUUUUCUCUUGUUUACCUUGUUCUUGAGUUUUAGCUAUGCAUCUAUAACCAAAGAAAGUCCUUUGUCAAUAGGACAGACUCUCAGCUCCUCUAAUAACGUUUAUGAAUUGGGGUUCUUUAGUCCUAAUAACUCCCAGAAUAUGUAUGUUGGAAUCUGGUUCAAGGGUAUCAUUCCCCGGGUGGUGGUGUGGGUGGCCAACAGAGAAAAUCCUGUUAACGACUCCACGGCGAAUCUAGCUAUCAGCAGCAGUGGAAGUCUUCUCUUAUUUAAUGGCAAACAUGAUGUUGUCUGGUCCAUUGAAGAAACUUUUGCAUCUAACUGGUCUCGUGCAGAGCUUUCAGACAGCGGAAAUCUUCUUGUCAUAGACCAAGUCUCGGGAAGAACCCUAUGGCAAAGCUUUGAGCAUCUUGGUGAUACUAUGCUGCCUUACUCCUCCCUGAUGUCUAACCCUGCCACUGGUGAGAAGCAAGUGUUGACUUCUUGGAAAAGUUACACCGAUCCAUCGCCUGGUGAGUUUGUGGGUCUGAUUACACCGCAAGUGCCAUCACAGGCGUUUAUUAUGAGAGGCUCAAAGCCUUAUUGGAGAAGCGGUCCAUGGGCUAAAACAAAGUUUACUGGCCUACCACUAACGGAUGAUUCAUACAGACAUCCAUUUAGCCUUCAGCAGGAUACAAACGGUUCAGUAUACUUCUCUCAUAUAAAAAGAAACUUCAAUCGUUCAUUUUUAGUAUUAACAUCAGAGGGAUCACUGAAGAUGACUCAGCAUGAUGCCAAGGGCUGGGUAUCAAAACUUGAGAUUCCAGCUAACUCAUGUGAUUUUUACGGUGUAUGUGGACCUUUUGGGUUGUGUGUAAUGUCCAUCCCUCCAAAGUGUAAAUGCUUUAAAGGCUUUGUACCACAAUACAGUGAGGAAUGGAGAAGAGGAAACUGGACUGGUGGUUGUGUGAGGCGUACUGAACUACAUUGUCAAGGAAACUCUACUGGCAAACAUGUAAAUGUCUUCCAUCCUGUUGCCAACAUAAAACCGCCAGACUUUUACAAAUUUGUGUCCUCUGAGGGUGCAGAAGAAUGCUACCAAAUUUGCCUUCACAACUGUUCAUGUUUGGCAUUUGCUUAUAUUCAUGGAAUAGGGUGCUUAAUGUGGAACCAGGAGCUGAUGGAUGUAGUGCAAUUCUCUGCGGGAGGAGAGCUUCUUUCCAUUCGUCUUGCACGUUCUGAAAUGGGUGGAAAUAAGCGCAAGAAGAUCAUUACUGCUAGUAUUGUGAGCCUUUCUCUUUUUGUGAUAAUGGCUUCUGCUGCAAUUGGUUUCUGGAGAUACAGAGUGAAACAUAAUGUUUCAGCAAUUAUAUCGAGGGUUGCUUCACAAGGUGCAUGGAAGAAUGAUCUGACACCACAAGAUGUCCCAGGUUUACAGUUUUUUGAGUUGAAGACCAUUGAAAUUGCCACCAAUAAUUUCAGUCUCUUAAACAAACUCGGACAAGGUGGAUUUGGUUCAGUUUACAAGGGAAAACUACAAGAUGGGGAAGAAAUUGCUGUGAAACGUCUUUCAAGCAGCUCAAGACAGGGCAAAAAGGAGUUCAUGAAUGAAUUAGUACUCAUCUCCAAACUACAACACAGAAACUUGGUUCGGAUUUUGGGCUGCUGCGUUGAAGGAGAAGAGCGGCUAUUGAUUUAUGAGUUCAUGGUGAACAAAAGCCUUGAUACUUUUAUCUUUGAUUCAAGAAAGAAACUUGAGAUUGAUUGGCCAAAGAGAUUCAGUAUUAUUCAAGGAAUUGCGCGUGGACUUCUCUAUCUCCACCGUGACUCACGCCUCAGGGUUAUUCACAGGGAUGUGAAGCUUAGCAAUAUUCUUCUCAACAAAAGUAUGAACCCAAAAAUAUCAGAUUUUGGAUUGGCUCGGAUGUAUCAGGGAACCCAACAUCAGGACAACACUAGCAGGGUUGUUGGAACUAUAGGAUAUAUGGCUCCCGAGUAUGCAUGGACUGGGGUUUUCUCAGAGAAGUCUGACACAUACAGCUUUGGAGUUCUUUUGUUAGAAAUUAUCAGUGGAGAGAAGAUCUCAAGGUUUAGCGAUGUUGAAGAGUGCAAAGGCCUUCUUUCAUAUGCGUGGGAAUCUUGGUGCGGAAAUGGAGGAGUUGAAUUUUUGGAUAAAGCUGUUGCUGAUUCAUGUCACCCAUCUGAAGUUGGAAGGUGUGUUCAGAUUGGUCUGCUUUGUGUUCAACACCAACCUGUAGACAGACCCAACACACUUGAGUUGUUGUCUAUGCUGACCACAACAACAGAUCUUCCACCACCGAAACAACCCACAUUUGUAGUACACUCGCCGAUAGAUGACGGAUCCAGUGCUAAUGAUUUGAUCACCGUCAAUGAGGUGACACAAUCUGUGGUGCUAGGGCGUUAAAGAACAACACUUCAUCUGAAAUAGAAUGAUCAAAUUUUGUAAUUUCAACAUACAUUUCAUUCUUUAGUUACAUUUCACAUUUUACUGGAACAACAUGCUAAUAUCUGUAGUAUGAAAUGAAUUCAAGUUCAAGAA